AUGCUGCCCCAUUCGUGGAUUUUUGGACAUCUGCACCAUGUCGGCAAAACCAUGGCCAAUUAUCCCAGCGAUGUUCAUGGGCAAUAUAUGCCUUUACUCCUUGCCAAAGAUCACCCAGAAUUGGAGGUACCUGGGCUCAUGUAUAUCGAUAUCUGGCCGAUUGCGCCCCCGAUGCUAGCUGUAUUCCAUCCUGAGAUGAUGGCCCAAUUCACACAGACCACCUCGCUUCCGAAGCAUCCGUCAUUGGCGGGCGAGUUUAGACCUUUUACGCAACUCAACGACCUACUCAACAUGUCGGGAGAGACAUGGAAGGCGUGGAGGGGUAUAUUCAACCCGGCAUUUUCAGUCAAGAACAUUCUGUCGCUCAUACCCGCCUUCCUUGAGGAGAUUGAUGUCUUUGUUGAUCAACUUAAUGGCGCCGCAGAAUGUGGGGAAAUUUUUAGGCUUGAAGAUAAGGCCAUUAACUGCACCAUCGAUAUCAUAGGCCGGGCUGUCCUUGACAUUCGCCUCCAUUGUCAAACCAGUAAGAAUGAGCUACAUGAGACACUGAAGCGACAGAUUGCCUUAUUAUGGGCAAGCAAUGCCCCCGAUCAACUAGCCAUGGCUCUCAACCCACUGCGUCCUUUUCGGAUGUGGAACAACAACAGGAUCAUCAAGAAUUAUCUCCGACCACAUAUCGAACGAGGAAUACAUGACCAUAUGAAUGGCAAAGCAACUAGGCACAAGACGAUCAACUCUUUAGCCACCAAGACGUACUUCUCCGAGCCAGAUUCUUCGUCCGAGACCAACGCAGCCGAUGCCCACGAACAUUUUAUGGACAUCUUAAUUGCCCAGAUAAAGAUCUUCCUCUUUGCGGGACAUGACACUACAGCGACAGCCCUCUCAUACUGCUACUACUUCCUCAACAAAAGUCCGUCAGCACUAGCCACUCUCCGCGCUGAACACGACGCCGUACUCGGCCCUGAUACAAGCAGAGCCCGAGUACAGAUUGCCGCCAAUCCAGCCCUGCUCAACCAGUUGCCCUACACAUCAGGUGUCAUCAAAGAAACGUUGCGCCUGUUCCCACCCGUCGGCACAAUUCGCAAAGGCCUACCAGACUUCUACCUAACGCACCCAGAAACAGGGAAGCAGUACCCGACAAAAGGGUUCAUGUUAUUUGGACUAAGUUUCGGCGUCCAGCGAGCAGAGGAGUUCUGGCCCCGAGCGACAGAGUUUCUGCCUGAACGCUGGCUCGCAAAAGAAGGCGAGCCGCUGCAUGUAAGGAAAAACGCAUGGCGGCCUUUCGAGCAGGGCCUCCGGAACUGUAUUGGUCAGGAGCUGGCGCAGAUUGAGCUGCGGGCGAUUCUGGCGCUAACGGUGCGUGAAAUGGAGAUUGAACCUGUUUUCCCUGAUGACUCGCCUGUGGUGUUUGGCGAGAAAGCGUAUCAGGUUAUGGAGACGACGCGCCGCGACGCGUCCGGUUUGAGAGAGAGAAGAAGUUUAUAUGUCUACGAGCGAGAGCUAGUCGUUGGGCGUUAUCGCGCCGCCUCCUAA